UUUUUUUUUUGUCUGCGGUUCGGUCGCGCUCACUCCUCUGGCUUUCUUCUCACUCGCCUCUUUCUUGAACAAGGUUCACUAGGUCAAGGUGGUCAAGGUGGUAGGUACAUAAAGUAUAGACUUAGUUCUUAUUAAAGUCCCUCUAGUAUUUUCUUGGUUUCUGUCCCCAUUAAUAAGCUCCAGACCAUCGCCAUCAUCUCAUGUAUAUAAACUGGAGACUAUCCCCAGACCGGCGUGCAUGUUGGUUUGCCCUGUAGACUUGUUUCUCCUAAUAAGCCUUUUGUCUCGGGUUUACUUAUCCCUCCUUCUUCCUACCUACCUUCAUGCUCUCCCGCUGUUCUAGUAAUUAAGCCACUUACAUCAUCAUACCAACUCCCACCCCGAGGCUGCAUACCAAGGAAUCUCUCCACCUCUCCGUCUCCGUCUCCAUCUUGCUUUUGUUUAUUACUUCGUUCCCUCCCUUUCCCUACUCUCUUGUAUUCGUUCCCUCCCUUCCUAGCCUGGGCGGUAUUAGCUAGGCCAAUUCUCUGAGAGAGAUACUUGGUUGUACGCCAGUUAGCAAGACUCGGUAAUUCCACCCUACUGCUGAAGUUUUGCCUACUACGAUACGACGCCCUUCAUUCUCCCAAUCCAGCAAUGGAGGGGGCUUCCAAAGAGUGGCCCGCCACGUUCGGGCCUAAUGACGAGCGUCCAACCUACAGUUCCGAGGAGACGGUAGGUCACGUCAAUGGUGGCCACACCGCGGUGGGGCCAACCGUUGAUCAAACCAUCGCCGCCAAGGUGGCUGAGAAGGAGAAGGUCAAGGCCGAGACGGGCAAGCGCGAGAUCAAGGAAGAAGAUUGUGAGAGCGAACUAGGCUUUGCCUUUCCCACGUGGAAGAAGUGGUGGAUUCUCACCGUCAUCUUCCUUGUCCAGACCUCGAUGAACUUCAAUACCUCUCUGUAUUCGAACGGUCUCGAGGGUAUUUCGGGUCAUUUCGGCGUCAGCGAGCAGGCCGCUCGUGUUGGUGCUGCCAUCUUCUUGAUCACAUAUGCUUUCGGUUGCGAAUUAUGGGCUCCCUGGUCGGAGGAAAUUGGCCGCAAGCCAAUUCUACAGGCUUCUCUGUUCCUUACCAAUCUAUUUACGCUCCCGGUUGUCCUAGCUCCCAACUUCGGUUGUCUACUCGCUGGCCGUGCUCUCGGUGGUCUUUCGACGGCCGGAGGAAGUGUAACUCUCGGUAUGAUUGCCGACAUGUUUGAAAGCGACAGGCAACAAUAUGCCGUAGCCUACAUUGUCUUCUCUUCGGUCGGCGGAUCGAUUCUCGGCCCCAUUGUCGGUGGAUUCGUCCAGAUCCUACCUCCCGAGCAAGCGUGGAAGUGGUGUAUAUGGAUCCAAUUGAUCUUCGGCGGCGCGGUACAGAUUCUUCACUUCUUCACGGUCCCUGAGACUCGCACGACGAUUAUGUUGAACAAAAUUGCCAAGAAGCGAAGAAAGUCGGGCGAGGACCCUAACAUCUACGGACCCGACGAGAUCGAAUCUUUCUGGAAUCGCUUUACCUUCAGGGAGCUCAUCUUCACGUGGCUGCGUCCUUUCCGCAUGUUCGUUACCGAGCCUAUCGUUCUCACGCUCUCGCUCCUCUCUGGUUUUUCGGAUGCCUUGAUCUUCAUGCAGAUUCAAUCGUUUGCCCUCGUCUACGGCAAAGGCGGAUGGAAUUUUAAUAAUUGGCAAGUUGGUCUCGCUUUCUUGCCCAUUGGUCUUGGUUAUGUUAUCGGCUGGUUGCUUUUCCUACCCGCUUUCAAGAGGAACCAGCGCCGCCGCGAGAAACAUCCCGAAGACGAACAUGCCCAAUAUGAAUCCCGUAUGUCGCUCUUGCUGUGGUUGGCGCCUUGCCUACCGAUCGGUCUCAUCAUUUUCGCGUGGACGAGCAGCGGACCCCCACUACACUGGAUCGGCUCCAUGUUCGGCACUUGCAUCAUCGGUAUCGCCAACUAUGCCAUCUACAUGGCCACGAUCGAUUACAUGGUUUGCGCCUACGGACCGUACUCGGCUUCGGCAACUGGUGGAAAUGGUUGGGCUCGUGACUUUUUGGCUGGUGUUCUUACCCUCCCGGCGACACCCUUCUACACCAACAUCGGCCGGGAGAAAGAUAUGAACCUCCAAUACGCGUCGACGAUUCUGUUUUGCAUUUCGGUCGUUUUGGUCAUCGCCGUGUACGUCAUCUACUGGAAAGGGCCAGUACUGCGCAAGCGGUCGCCCUUCGCCCAAAGCUUGGCCCAGGGCACCGCUGAAGUCGGUGGUCAUCACCUCAGCCAAAUCCACUCGCAUCGCCCAUCGACCGCGGGAGGCAACACACGGCCACAGACAGCAACGACAGUAUCUCGUCCACCCACUGCGCCAACCCGGGAAGUUAUGCAGAAGCGUCCGGGUGAUCGCAUGUCUGCCUCGCGACACAAUUCGUACUACUCUGCACAACAGGCUGCGAGUCGGCGCCAAAGCCGACAGGCCAGCCGAAACCCCAGCAGGCGGGGCAGUCUCGAGCAUCAUCGGAAAUCUGUUGAAAGCGAGGAGGGCGUUUCGCACCAUCACCUUCACCAUCGCCUGCAGAACCUGAACACCAUUGCCUCGAACCAGCAGCCGUAGGAGGUUGUCAUCGAGGAGUACUAAGGUGUAUUAGAGGAGAAUACCGCUGCUGCCGUGUAACUGGAGGGAUAGAGUUGUACAUAAUAUAUAUUAACCGUAAAAAAAUAUGAACAUAUAAAGGUAGUAUUGGGAGCACAGCAGAGCAAUGGGAAGAUAUUACAAUGCAUCCUUGGUUGACAGAGAAAGUUGGGCGACUCUUCGUGUCUUUAUUUUCCCACGACCUCGGCGGCUUUCUCACAUUGUCACCCAGGACUGAAACGUCGGAACGACAUUCCAUUGGGCGUUCUUUUGAGGGUUUUUUUCUCACUCUGCUAAGGGAAUUCCUCAUCACGAGAUUUUCGGGGCGGUUUAGGUUCCGUCGACUUUGAUUGGUAGAAUAGGUGUAUAUUCCAUACCUACUGCUACAUUGAUGAAUGAAUAAACCAUUGUUCAUAAAAA